GUUUCUCCAGCAUUUUUGUGUACCUGCAUAUGUACACUGUUAGCCCAGUCUUGCCUGCAGCCCUCUUUAUUGCUGCCAGCGAGGAGCAUCAAGUCGCGGAUUCCUUCACCCACCGAGAGAUUUCUUUCCACAUCUGUAGAGACCUUGGAAGUUCAGCGCUGGAAAUGGCCAACCCCGAGGGUGAUAAACUAUGGGGAGGAAGAUUUGUUGGAGCCAUUGAUCCCAUAAUGGAGAAGUUCAACGCUUCCAUUUCGUAUGAUCAACGGAUGUGGGCUGCAGAUAUACAAGGAAGCAAGGCUUAUGCCAAAGCUUUGGAGAAGGCCGGGCUGCUAACAAAGUCAGAAAUGGAUCAAAUUCUAAAUGGAAUGGACAAGAUUCAUGAAGAAUGGAGUAAAGGGACUUUCCUGAUCAAAGACGGAGACGAGGACAUUCACACAUCUCAUGAACGGAGACUGAAGGAACUGAUUGGAGAAACUGCGGGAAAACUACAUACUGGUCGCAGCAGAAAUGAUCAGGUGGCGACUGACAUGAGAAUAUGGCUACGAGACGAGAUUUCUGUUCUGUCGGGGCACAUGAACCGGUUGAUUAAAACAAUGGUGGAGAGGGCUGCUGUGGAGAUUGACAUCCUUUUCCCUGGUUACACUCACCUGCAGAGGGCCCAGCCAAUUCGAUGGAGCCACUGGAUGCUGAGCCACGCUGUUGCCCUGUCACGUGAUGCUGAGAGACUGGAUGAAAUCAGGAGAAGAACCAACGUGCUGCCUUUGGGAAGCGGAGCCAUAGCUGGAAACCCUUUUCAAAUCGAUAGGGAAUUUCUUCGCAAAGAACUGCAGUUUGAUGCCAUUAGUUUGAACAGCAUGGAUGCAACCAGUGGGCGCGACUUUGUCGCUGAGAUCCUGUUCUGGUGUUCCCUGUGCCUGAUUCAUCUGAGUAAGAUCUCCGAGGAUCUAAUAAUUUACUGCACCAAGGAGUUUGGAUUUGUAACGCUGUCUGAUGCCUACAGCACAGGGAGCAGCCUGAUGCCUCAGAAGAAGAACCCUGACAGUUUGGAACUGAUUCGAAGCAAGGCUGGACGUGUGUUUGGGAGGUGCUCGGGAUUUCUAAUGACUUUGAAAGGAUUGCCUAGCACGUACAACAAGGAUCUGCAGGAAGAUAAGGAGGGAAUGUUUGAAAGCAUCGACACCGUCACUGCGAUACUGCAAGUAGCAAUGGGUGUCAUCUCCACACUACAGGUCAAUGAAAAAGCCAUGAAGAAUGCUCUGAGCCCGGAUAUGCUGGCUACAGACCUAGCCUACUACUUGGUUCGAAAGAAGAUGCCAUUUCGAGAAGCCCACGGUGCUUCAGGGAGAGCGGUUCAUUUGGCAGAGUCCAAGGGUGUUGAAGUCAGUCAACUCUCCCUGGAUGAAAUGAAAACUAUUAGCCCACUGUUUGAGAGCGACGUAGCAAAGGUGUGGAACUACACCAACAGCGUGGAGCAGUACACGGCAGCCGGAGGCACCGCUCGCUGCAGCGUGAUGUCCCAGAUCAAGCAACUGAGAGCCUGGCUGAACGGGAGGCAGAGCAGUUAAGACCUUGGCCCUCUUACAGAGUCUUUGAACAUUUACCCUUGGGUGUGCACCACUGUUGUUGAUUGGUGGAUUUGGGAACUAAUGGCUACUAAUGGGAAAGGGUAUUGUUCUGCGAAAUAUCAACGGGUUUUUAAUGAGCCCGUUUAACGAGCCCAGGCACUUUGUUGUUGCCGACUUACUGAACUGUAUCCAGGUGAGAGUCACAACUGGUCGAUAAUGCUUACCUGAAAUAAAUCUUGAUGAAAUAAA